CUGGUUUAUACGCAUCUUUUCCUUUUCUUUAUUCUUUUUUGUGUCUUUCUCCCCCUUUGCAUCAACCUCUUCCCCCCCCCUAAAACACAUGCAGCAACAUAGUCAACAGCCAACAUUACCGCCAAUUUCACAUUUGCUGCAUCCACCGUCUCCGCCUGCACACCCGCAAAAGAAUGGAGGCUUAAAUGUAAAUCUGACGCCUGCUUCGCCUGUGUCGCCGCGACCUUCACCAUCCUUUCCGCCGUAUCAACAACAACAACAACAACAACAGCAGCAGCAACCACAAGACAAGUUCUUAAGCCCUGGACCUCCAUUGAUCGAUUGCCGUAAGACCUAUUCAUCUACGCGACAACACCCGCCUUCGCCCUUGUCACCUUCUCCGCCUUCACCAUUGCCGGUACCACAAAGCAACAUUGUAUCGGCACUACCGCCGCUUCAGGGGAAUGAUCCACCAAGACCUCUGAGAACAUAUCAACCACCUCCUCCUCCUGCUCCUACUCCAUCACAAUCUUUUCAACACGACAAGAUUGCACCAUGGAGCUCUCAUCACCAUCAGAAUCAACAACAACAGCAGCAGCAGCAACAACAACAACAACAACAUCAUCAUCAUCAUCAUCAAUACCGUCAUUCACCGCCUCCACCACCGCCACAAACACAUUACUAUCCUUUAUCCACGACAACUACGCCUGUCACAGUACCAGCCCAUGCACCACACUCAUAUCCACGAUCACCAAUACCAUCUCCACACAACUCAACGACCGUAGCCCCUCCUGCUCAUAUUCCAUCACCCACAUCGUCCAGUUCCUCACUGCACAACACCAAUGCAGCAGCAAUAAUAACAAGCUUAGCAUCACCCCCGCCGCCACCUGAACCUGAACUUUCACAUUCAAGAACAGUGUCUUCAUCUUCAACGACAUCAACCGCUAGCACCAGCAAUGCUACAGCAACAAAAACAACCAAGGAAAAACCAUCACCGCCACCAUCAACGCAAAUCUUGUUUACUGCGUCCGGUGAACCCAUCCUGAAACGUCGCCGCGGUCGUCCUCCGAACGUGCGUGAGCCUGCUUGGCAGGGCGGGUUCACUUUUCUGCAACCCACUGUAUGGACAGUGAAUUCUAGUAACAAUAACAAUGGCGAUACGUCUUCUUCUUCAGCAGCCGCUGCAUCAUCAACGACAUCCUUGUCCUCGUCAAUGACAAAUGAUGUCAUGGAUGGGUCCAUGGCAGCAUUCACAAGCUCAGACAUGGAUACCGUACUCCAGAUGCCGAAAAAGAAACGCGGAAGAAAACCAAAGACUCAUAUCGCUGGCAAUUCGUGCUUUGUGUGGAAAGAAUUGUCCGCCACAAGAUCGUCAAAGUCAACUGCCAAAGCGACUGUUACAGCCGCGGCUAAUCGACGCGCCGCUGCUGCUGCCGCUGCCGCUGCCGCGAAUGCCAGCACCAAUGCGAGUGCAACUGACGCUGCAUCUUCUAACCCCAACAAUCGAAUUUCCGGAAUAACAACACCGGCAUCGUCACCUGUGCUAUCUUGUUCCUCUUCUAUCACUUCCACUACCGCUGCUGCAUCUGCUAUGACAGUAUCAACACCACCACCAGCAACAACCACCCGUGUUGAAGAAAAAGAAGAUAGUACGACUACCAAUGCUACCACGCCAUCCAAAAAUAACAAUGCAUCUUCAUCAUCAUCACCAUCGCCAACUACACCAUCUUCACCAGCAUCAGAAUCAUCUCCAUCACCCCUGUCAUCGUCAGAGCAACACAAAGAAAACAAUAUACCUGAAGAAGAACCACAAGAACAGGAGCAACUUGAACCCAUGGAUACUUCAGCCUAAAAGAAUACCACCUCUCUUUCUCUCUUGUUUGUCAUUUUGCAUACAUUCCCCUACUAACUCGAUUUUUGUCUGUCAUAUAUAUACACUCAACCCAUACAUUUAGCAAACUCAUAUAUCUCAUUGUAAAACUACUCUCUCUUUCUUGUAACAACCCAAACAAGUACAGAUAUUUUCGCAUCAUUACGGUUAUAUAACAAGGAAAGCCAGAUUAUUGUAUCAUUAUAUGUAUAUCAAUUAAUAUGUAUUUCUAUUAAUAUUACUAUGUAAAGCAUCGCAUUACCAUCACCCCUCCAGAAGUCACACACACACACACACACACUUAUUAUUAAAGCAACAUGCAUAAUCAGAUCUGUUUCGG